AUGAAUGAAUGGUUCACUGAAUAUUUGAGAACAAAUCUUACUGUACAACAACCUCCCUCUCUUGUCCCUCAACCGGCUCCUGAUAUGCCACCAGAAUUCGUUGUACUGGCUGAUCGAGAACAUAAAGCUGAAGAAUUAAAUAAAGAAAAGAAGCAGGCAGAGAUAGAAGCCCGAACUUCAAGUAAAAGAUUUAUGGGCAAGUCACAAUCAUCGGCUUCAAAGAAAUCAAAGAAAUAUCAUGAUCAUUCUACCACAUCUGUGGGAUAUUCUGGGAGAGAUCGAAGCUCUCAACGUUCUAAUCUGAGAUAUCCGGCCCCAUCAGUAGCAAGUGCAGGAAGUGUCGGUAACCCCAAACCUAAAUGCAAAUAUUGUAACAAACUACAUUUUGGGGAAUGUUGUAUGAGAAGUGGGGCAUGUUUUACAUGUGGUUCUCUUGAUCAUUUUCUCAGAGACUACCCGAAAAAGCCUGAAAAAGAUACUAUUCAAACUUCUAGUGUAACACCUUUUACCCGUAUCUGA